UCUCUUUCCCCUCCUCCCCUGUGCAAGUGUGAUACCCUUGCCGCGUCUCAUCUCUCGCUCUCACCACAGAUUUUCGUCGUUGGCGUUUAUACUGUCCGCCGCGUCGUCGAACUAGUGUCUCGCUGCACAGACACCGUAUUCGAACGGCAUCCUGUCUGUGGUCUAUUGCUUGAAGUAGAAACAAAUAUCAUAUAGAAAUGGCUGAGCAAGGAUUGGAAGGGAGCCAACCAGUAGAUCUAAGGAAGCACCCUUCUGGAAUUGUGCCUACCCUUCAGAAUAUUGUUUCAACAGUUAAUUUGGACUGUAAGUUGGACCUUAAACAAAUUGCCCUUCACGCACGAAAUGCAGAGUAUAAUCCAAAGCGUUUUGCAGCUGUGAUUAUGAGGAUCAGGGAACCUAAAACGACUGCUCUCAUCUUUGCAUCUGGCAAGAUGGUUUGCACGGGUGCUAAAAGUGAGCAACAGUCUAAAUUGGCAGCAAGGAAGUAUGCUCGCAUUAUCCAAAAGCUUGGUUUUGCCGCCAAAUUCAAGGAUUUUAAAAUUCAAAACAUUGUUGGCUCUUGUGACGUCAAGUUCCCCAUACGGCUUGAGGGUCUUGCAUAUUCUCAUGGUGCUUUCUCAAGUUAUGAACCAGAGCUGUUUCCUGGUCUCAUUUAUAGAAUGAAGCAGCCCAAGAUAGUGCUUCUCAUAUUUGUCUCGGGCAAAAUAGUGCUAACAGGAGCUAAGGUGAGGGAUGAAAUUUACACUGCCUUUGAGAACAUCUAUCCUGUACUCACUGAGUACAGGAAGAACCAGCAAUGAAUAAGCCAGCGGGUUGGAUGAGUUUUCUAUUCUUAACUCUGCAAUUUCUUAUAUUGUGGUAUGCUUGGGACAAGGCAUAUGCUUGUCAUUAACGAGUGUCCCCAGUAUGCACUAUCGAUAAUCAAUUUAAAGAAUAAGAGCCUCAUUUUGCAUCUUCGGAAUAUCAUUGAUUGAAUCUUGUUCCUUCCCAUCUGAAUAUUAAAGGAGUCUACUUUUCUUAGUUGUUUCGGAGUGGAAUGUGAAGAAUCUUCUUUGCUACGACUUGUCAUUUCUAACGGCUAGGUGUUUGGAAGGUGGCGGAUCUUGCUAAACGGCUGUGAUGGAUUAGCCCCUCUUAUCAUCAAUGGGGUCUCUUGGGGCCAGCAUGAAGAAAUUAACAAUACUUCCUUACCUGUUGAGAUGUUCUGCCAGACUGGUCGCAGAAUUUGAUGAAAAAAUGAUGUCACUUUUUUAUGGACUUCUUGAAAAUUGUUUUGAGCCAAUUAAUGUCUUAGGGGAAGUGGAAGAUUCAUUUCUCCCAAAACAAAAAGGGGAGAAAACCCAGGGAAGUGAAAGAUGCUUAGUGGUUUGUAAAAUUGUAGUCAGUUUGACGCUUGUAGAAGAUCUAUAGCAAACAAGACGUCUCAGUGGUUUCAUUAAUUAGAUGCAUUUGUUGCCUAUUGUUA